UAGAUCAUAAGGUGAAAAUUGUGAACUUGUGUUGUGAACGUUUCACUUUUGUAUUUUUGAUUAAUUUGAUUAUUAGAUUUUGAUGAUUUGGUGUUUGGAUUGUGCUAAGCCUUUUAUAUAAUUUGAUGAUACUCUGAGCCAAGCUCUGAGAGUAGAACUUUCUUAUAGAAAAACCAUAUAUUCUCGCAUAUAUUAUAUUUCAGAGAUUCAAAAUAACUGCUCAUUUCAUUGGGCAACUGCAAAUCCGGGUAUUUGUUGAAUUCAUAAUAAUAAAAGGUGAAAAAGGAUAGCUGAGAAUAGGCUGGAAACAGGUCCCAACAUACAUUUAUAAUGUCCAGUGACCGCAGAUAUUCUGGUGGAUCUCUUCCUCCUUCAGAUAAUCCACCAAAUUCACGAUUAUUUAUUAUUGCCCCAAAGGCCCUGAAGGAAGAAGAUUUCAGGAAAGCAUUCAGUGAGUUUGGGCAUCUUGAGGAAGUUAGAGCUGUCACAGACAGGGCCACAGGAGAAAAUAAAGGAGUGUAUUAUAUAAAAUUUUCAAAAACUUCUGAGGCUGCAAGAGCAAUGGAAAGCAUGGGAGGCAAAGUACUACUAGGUACUGGAAGAGCUAUGAAAAUCAUGGUGGCUUCUAGCCGUGAUCAGGGCUCAAAAAGAGAGGAGAACGAGGAGGAAAAAUUACAGAGACUAUUUGUUGUAGUGUCGAAAAAUAUGAGCGAUUCAGAAUUAUAUGACAGUUUCAAGGAUUUUGGUGGAAUCGAUUAUGCUCAUAUAAUCAGAGACAGGGUUACAAAAGAAAGCAAAGGAUUCGCCUACGUCAAAUUCUUGAAGUUCUCGGAUGCGGCGAACGCUUUCGAAAACUGCGACAAAAAAUUCCGCCCCGUCUUCGCCGAACCGCGCAAAAGCACCAAGGAAACAACGUCAUCAAAGCCGCCCUUGAUGUCCUCGCCGCCGUCGUACCGCGGCGAGGGCAGUUACGGCCGGGCAAGCGAGGGCGGCCGUGGUAGGGCGGGCGACCGAUACGAGCGGAGGCGGUCUCUGUCGCCGCCCGACAGGUGCCGUGACGAGGGGUACACCACGCUGAGCGUGAUCGCUAACGCGUCGGUCAAUCAGGACCAGAUGUGGAAGUUGUUCGACGUCGUUCCAACGAUGGAGUACUGCACGAUGCGAUACGAGGGCGAGCGUGGCAGCCCGCGCCCCACCCGCGCCAUCGGCGAGGUCGUCUACUCCGAUCCCCGAUGGGCGGCGCACGCCAAGCAGAAGCUGCACGGCUUCGAGUACCCGCCCGGCAACCGGCUGAUCGUGCGGGCGGAGCAACGGGAGGGCGGGGCGUACGGCAAGCGGCCCGCCCUCUCGGUGGAAGGGGGCGGGGCGGACCUGCGGCAGAUCGCCGAUACGAUUGCGCACGCGUCGUCGCUGAUUCAGGCGGCGGGGCUGUCGCCAGAUUUAUUGCAGAAGAAAUUGGGGUUCACGACAGAUACGAAGCAUGAUGAACCAUAUUGCAGUGUUGAGCUACCACCAUCACAGCCUAUGGCUAGUGCUGAUGCUGAUACUGAGGCGAGAUGCUUCAUCGUCUGCCAGGAAAGUGCUCUGUCCAACAGAGUGCUCAAAGAUGUCUUUUGCCGAUUCGGAAAUCUGAUUGACGUGUAUUUGUUGAGCAACAGAAAUUGCGGUUAUGCGUGUUACGCAUCAAAAUUUUCCGCUGAUGAUGCCAUACAGACCUUGAAUGGUGCAGAUGUUAUGGGUAUACGACUGAAGGUGAUCGAAGCUGAAGAGAGGCCUGGAAAAAGAGCCAGGUUGGACGAUAGGUCGAAUUAAUUAGUAGAUUGGACAGAAACUAGACAUAGGACUUAAGGACUAGACGUUGAAGUUUCGUGUACAAAAACAAGCACAUAACAUCGUUCCGAACAACAAUGACAGAGAAAAACACGACCUGUUCAACUAAAAAACAGUUGAAUACCUAACGAACUACAGUACCUACAGUACAGUACAUCCUAUUUAACAACUUUUGACUUUUUUUUUCAUUGUGUAAGUUUGAAUUGACCAUAUUUCACUUUGUCAGGGUCAGACAUUUUGUGCUAUUUGUUAGCAGCAAUUAGUGUCAAAUUGGUCGUCCUUUCUCGAAUAAAUUGUCCUUUGUCAAUGUCAUCAAUUUCAUAAUUAUUUUGAAACACGAAGGGUCCAAGAAGUUGUUCUUGCUCUCAUUAUCAAUACUCAACAUUUCAAAAAUUUUUGAUUUGAUGAAAAUACAAUAAAUCUGACAAUGACGUCGAAAAUAUGGUUAAUUUCUUGUUCAAUUGAUGUUUUCUCCUAUUUACCCAUGAAUAAAUUGAAAUGAUCUUCAGUG